AUGCCUGGCAGCUCUCCCAAUGUUGAGCGUCAACGUGCCUGGUCACACAUGCUGCUGCUGCUGCUGCAGUCCGGCCUCAGGCGCCGCUGGAGUCUCCUGAUGACGCUGCUGCUGCUGCUGUCCGCGUGCACACGCCUCUGCCGCGCGCACUCCACCACCGUGGAGCACGACUUCCAUAUAGUGCACAACGUCGACAACAGGAGUCCAGAGAUCGACCCGUUCUGGUACGUGGGGCGUGGGGUCAGACCGAUCGGCCGCUUUGGGAAGAGGCACAGUGUGGAGGAGGACAUGCAGCCUGUGCUCCGGACUCUACUGCUGCUCCUCAACAACCUCAAGUCCAGGAGACAAAUGGACCAGGUCCCAAUGGACACAGAACAGGACUGGCUGCCAUGA